AUGACACCUUACCAAGCUCUUUAUGGCUGCCUUCCACCACUUAUCCCAGCCUAUCCGGAGGGCCUUUCCCUAGUUCAUGAAGUGGAUCAAACGCUCCUGCAUCGUGACGAGCUGUUCCACCAACUCAAGACAAAUUUAGAGAUUUCCAUGAACCGAAUGAAGCAACAAGCCGACUCUAAGCGAAAAGAUAUCCAAUUCGCAGUUGGUGAUCAAGUCUUAUUAAAGCUCCGUCCAUAUUGUCAGCAAACAGUCUUCAAACGAGCUCAUAAAAAAUUAUCCAGCUGCUACUAUGGACCCUAUCCUAUUUUGGAGAAAAUCGGAGCAGUAGCAUACCGCCUGCAAUUGCCACCCACAGCUCGAAUUCACCCUGUGUUCCAUGUCUCUUUACUUAAACCAUACAAUGGCACUCCAGCUGUCACUCCACUUGACUUACCUCCACUUGCAGAUAAUGGCGUCAUGACCCUUGAACCUCAACAGAUACUUGAUACACGAUGGAUUAAGCGGGGCGACACCUUCAUGGAAGAAAGCUUGGUGCAUUGGAAGCAUCUACCCCACGAAGAAGCCACCUGGGAGUCCACGGAUACUCUUUGCCACCAGUUUCCUCAUCUGAUGCUUGAGGACAAACAUCCUCUUCAUGGGGUGGGCAAUGAUAAGCCUAGAAGAUCCUGUCGGACCCCGAGGCCCAACUCACGCUAUAUGGACUGA